AUGGACGACGACGAGGGCGAGAAGCACGGGGCGUGGACGGCGUGGACGAGCGAACGCGACGGGGCGUGCGCGUGGAGACAGACGUCGAGACGGUUGGAAGUCAAAGUGGCGCCGGUUCGCGUGAAAAAUCUCGCCGAGACGCGCGCGUGGGCGUGUCGAGGUGCGUCGGGGACGCGGGCGUGUCUUCGCGUGACGGCGCCUCCGAACGCGUGGCGCGCGGAUUUGCGCGCGGACGUCGACGCGCGCGCGAUGACAAUCGAGACGAACGAGACGACGAAAGAGGUUGUUUUUCGCUGCGAAAAAAUUGUCAAAGCGAUCUGGCCGAGUUUACGCGCGAGUGGAGAUCCAGAGACGAUCGAGCAAAGGCGCGCGGAGGCGGAUGCGGAGCACGAGCGCGAGACGCGCUCGGACGCCGAGCGCGUGGACGCUGAACGACGCCGAGUCGCUCGUUCGUUCCUCGAACGUCAGUGGGCCAUCGAGGAUGAACGAUUCAAGGCGUCGACGCGCUCACCGAUCGAAAAAACCUUCAUCCAGAGCGCACCAACGACGUCGUUGAGAUCGCGGUGGGCGCCUCCGAUCCGUCGUACGGAGCGACCGCCCCUGCGCGCUACGAUCGACGUCGAGGUCGUUCUCACGCCGUGUGAGUGCCUUCCGGCGCGAAACCUCGGGUUGUGA